UAGCAACUGGGGCCGGUCCGUUAACUGCAGCGGCCGUUGUACUACCGGAGCUCAUCGAGGAGUUGAAGGGGAAUUGUCGUCGGUGACCGGAUACCACCUCUGUCUUGCGGGGCGUAGAGACACGGGGGCGGCGUAGUAUCGAGGCGGCGAGCCCGCAGUUGCGUGCGGAGAUGCUGAACAUGUGGAAAGUCAGAGAGCUGGUGGACAAAGCCACCAAUGUGGUGAUGAACUACUCCGAAAUCGAGUCCAAAGUGAGAGAGGCUACCAAUGAUGACCCCUGGGGACCCUCCGGACAACUGAUGGGGGAAAUAGCCAAAUCUACCUUUAUGUAUGAGCAGUUCCCAGAGGUGAUGAACAUGCUGUGGACCAGGAUGCUGAAAGACAACAAGAAGAACUGGAGACGAGUCUACAAGGCUUUACUACUGCUGGCCUAUCUGAUCAGAAAUGGGUCUGAAAGAGUCGUCACCAGUGCCAGAGAACACAUCUACGACCUGCGAUCUCUAGAAAACUACCACUUCAUUGAUGAGAAUGGAAAGGAUCAGGGCAUCAAUGUGCGUCAGAAGGUGAAGGAGAUGGUGGAGUUCGUCCAGGACGAUGACAGACUGAGAGAGGAGAGGAAGAAAGCCAAGAAGAACAAAGAUAAAUACAUUGGAGUUUCUUCUGACAGUAUGGGAGGUGGAGGAGGAGGAGGAAGCAUUAAGAACACUAAUGAGCUGGAUCGGAAUAAGUGGGAUGAGGACUGGGAUAAGAGCAAAGGAGCUUUCCCCUUUAGCGAGAAGCUCGGAGAGAUCAGCGACAAGAUAGGCAGCACCAUCGACGACACAAUCAACAAGUUCAGAAAGAAGGAACCAGACGACUCACCCGACAGACUCAGUGACAACGAGGAGGACAGAGCAUCGAGAAACGGAAGGCAGGAAACCCUUGAGUUCAAAGAUGAGGAAGAAACUGUCACGACGAAGAGCAUCCAGAUCACACAAGCAACAGAAACCACAACCACCACCACACGGAAACGCAGUGGAGCAACAACCAGCAAGACUCUGGACCUGGGUGCUGCAGCCCACUACACUGGAGACAACAGCCCAGAGGAGAAGUCGUCAGUCAGGCAGACUUCCAGUAGCAGUCUAGCUGACCUGCUAGUUAUUGACCCUUCAUCCAAUCAGAGUACAGGUGGCAGUUCAGACCUCAUCGGUGGCUUUGCUGAUUUCUCCUCUCCUGCGGCCUCUGCCAGCCUCCCAGCCUCCACUGCUGCUGCAUCAUCCAAUGGAAAUGGAGAAUUUGGAGACUGGAAUGCCUUCCCAGCCAAUCCACCUGCUUCGUCUAGCUCUGCUCCCUCCCAGCCCAUCACUGACCUGUUUGGCAGUGUCCACUCACCAACAGCGCCACCCUCUAAUCCCACCCCCGUCCCACCGUCUGCCGAGCUCUUUGACCUGAUGGGUGGAGUUAACCAUCAGCUAACCAAUCCACAUACAACACUGAGCGCCUCACAGAGCAUGACUUUCUCUCUGGGAGGGGCAACGCCAGGAGCAUCGGUUACAAUGCCCACCAUGCCCGUUUCUCGCUCUCAACAGAGCUUGGGAGGCAUGACAUCUCAGCAGCCUAUAGGUCAACAGCAGAAGGUUGGCGUUGGAGGUCAAGGAUCAUUAGGGUCGACCUGGUCUGACCCCUCCGUUAACAUCAGUCUGGACUUCCUGUCAGCGGGCCUCAACCCCACUAAGACACCGCCCACACUCAACAAUAUCAUCCAGCAGACAGGCGUGCCUCCCGUCAACUUGUUGGCCCAGAACUUUGGAGGAAUGAACCUCAGCUCCCCACCCCACGUGACACCUAUUAGACCACCAGCCAUUCCCAUGAUGGCAGGCAAUGCCAUGGCGAUGGGUAUGCCCCCUUCAAUGACCACGGGUACCAUGGGGAUGGGGGGGAUUCCAGUAAACCAAGGCAUGAUGGGAAUGAACAUGAGCAUGAAUAUGGGCAUGGCCGCUCCGGUGAUGAUGAGUGGAAUGGCUGGCAUGGGAGUGCCAGGAGUAGGGAUGGGCCUUGCACACUCCAUCACCCCGGCCGUGGUUCCACCCAAACAAGAUGCCUUCGCUAACUUUGGCAGUUUUGGGAAAUGAAGGAGUGCAAAUGUGUGUGUGCGUGUGUGGGUGCGAGUGUGAGUGUGCAUGUCUGACAUUAUGGGAGAGAACUACAGAAGGACUGCUGUACUUGAAGACUUCCUUGCAUGUUUGUGUUUGUUUUCUUUGGUGAGCUGGCACCAGUGAUCGUUCGCCACAAUCUUGGAGGUCGGAGAGAGUGCCCGCCAGCGGCCUAUUGGUAAUCUGAUGUGUGAAAUUACGUCACAGAGGACACCUGAAGAGCAGGGAAGGUGUAAACCCACAGCCUGUAGUCGUUCCUCUCCUGUGGGGGAAGGAACCUGUUUUCUAUAUGAACUACAGUAUCGCCCCCUCAAUUGUAAAGAAAAAUCACUGCAAAAAGUUUUUCUCUGUGACUGCACAAAGAAUUCAAUCAGUAGGGUUGACACAAAUGAAAAUGGCAUUGCUGUCUCAAUUCUGCAUUGUAGCCUGAGAUAUCAUGUUUUAUAUCAUUUCAACCAUCAGUCAUAAAAUUUAAGCCAAUACAUUAUUGCCAGGGGCUGACUCUAUUACUUUCUCUCACUGCUUGUGCAAAUAAUAUAGAAUAACAGUCACAGUAUCUGGAGUAUGCUGAGUCCAUCCCCUCCUCCUCCAGCAGAGGGCAGGGUGGGUGUAUGUGUUGAGAUAACGGUGUACUUAACUCUUGAGCCAUAUUAGGGUGGAUGAAUUGCAUAUUACAUCCUCUUUGUCUCCCAUCUCCUCCUUUUAUUAGGGCGGUACCAGUUCACAGUAACUCAUUCAGUCAGUAUUUCAUUCACUGAUAUUUAUCUUAGACAUGCUUUUGUAGGACACUUGACUUCAUAUAAGCAUUGCUUUCUGACCCAAAUAGAUCUGUUAUGUUCUGGACAGAGGUAAAGACUAUUGUGUUUUAUAGUAUUAUAUAUAUUAUUUUCCUACUGACUUUGGGAGAAGAGGGUAAAUGAUGGUCACCAUCUACAAGAACACCGUCCUCUAAAUUUCUGUCAUGUUCAAAGCAGUUUUGUGGGACAACCCAGCAAUGUACCUUUAAUUCCAAGUAUUUUUGCCAGCAAACAUUUUUCACCCUGCGGCUCACUUUGUCUCUUGGUGCAAGGGUCUCAUCUGUGCAUCUCUCAAACCUUGUAUUAAUAACCACUUCUUACAUUUGACAUGGAUUAGAUAAAUUGGAGGAAUGUUUUCAUUAGCUGAGUUUCAAUACAUUAUUUCUAUGGCUAGAUGAGACAAAUCUAAAGGGUUUUCGGGGUCUCGAAGAGUGUGUGUGUGUGUGUGUGUGUGUGUGUGUGUAGUUUUCUGUUUGAUGUGCAAACACAGCUAAGCAGAGCCUCUUCUCAUUUUUUGAGACACUGCACUCCAAAUGACCAAAUCUUUAUUUUGUUACUCUCAGAAGGAUUAUUUCAUAGCUAUUAGUUUAAUAUUUUAUUUUAAUUAGUUGUAAGCUUGUGUUCAUAUGGGUGAGCUACUAAUACCAUAAUUUAGUUGACACAAAUCAUGUUUUUGUUUCUUUAUUUCAGUACAGCUUGUUUCAUUUGGUUGUACUUUUUCUGUACUUCAUUUGACAUUAAAUUAAAUUAUAACAUUAAA